CCACGCCGAGAGACACAGGAAGGGAGGAAGAUGGAGGAACACACGGGGAUUAUUCUGCUUCUCUGAGUUCAUCGAGGAGGUCGGAGGGUCUGGUGCACUUGGGGUGGAAGAUUUGAAAUGGUCAGAGUCAGGAUGGGAACAAGCCCUGGCUGGUCACUGCUUUUGAUGGCUCUGUGGACUCUCUAUGGAGUCGCUGGAGCACAGCCAUCCAUCACAGCUCACUAUGGCGAGGACAUCACACUGGACUGCACCUUCCACCACAUACCGGGGGUAAAACUCCAUCGACUGAACAUCACCUGGAAGAUGCAAAGAGCUGAGGAAGAAGCUCUCCUGGUUCAGAGCUACUAUGGGCAGAGGGACCUGUGGCAGGGACAGGACAAGGUUUACCGGGGCCGGACGCAGCUGUACCGAGAGGGAAUCCACAAAGGAAAUGCGUCCCUGCAACUCAGGGCUGUGCGCUUCCAGGACGAGGGCUCCUACCUCUGCUACGUCACCUCUGAGCUGGGAACCUCGUCCCACACGAUUUCCCUGGCCGUGCUAAGGGAGAGUGAAAUGAAGUCUCCUAUUGUAGCUCAGCGGGGGCAGGACGUCACCCUGAGCUGCCCCUUUGAAUUCGGAUUAAACGGCCAGCCGUUGAACAUCACCUGGAAGAAGGAAGAAGCCGAGGGGCGGGAUCUCCUGGUUCACAGUUAUUAUAACGGGAUGGACAAGUUGCAGAGACAAGAUGUCGCUUACAAGGGCAGAACACAACUCCACCCGGAGAGAUUCCCGCAGGGAAAUGCGUCCCUGACGUUACGGAGAGUUCGCAGCCAGGAUGAGGGAUUCUACAUCUGCCAUGUCAAGCCGGAACUGGGGCGGUUUUCUGUGCGGAUGCAAGUUACAGUCGAAGGCUUUGUGAGUAACCGGCCAUCACUAGAUGUGUACUAUGCCAUGUUUUCAGUUCCGUUAUUAAUUAUAGCGUUUAUUAUCAUUAACAAGCACCGUCGUUUCCUGCUGCGCAAAUUAAAGAGUUUUCAGUUUUGGUCCCAACGGAAACAGCAGGAGGGCGGAGACCAGCCUCUCAAACCGGUUGACAGCCAAUGAAUCAGAAAAGCCAAACACACUCCUGCUACCACCUUGAAGAGGUCAGUGAGGCAGUCAAGAAUGAAAGUCUCGACGUUGCCGUAGUCGGAGAGACGGGAUCUGGAAAGUCGUCUUUUGUCAAUGCCACCCGGGGUCUGAAAGAACACGAUACAGGAGCUGCUGAGACUGGGGUGGCAGGAGAAAUGAUGGUGGAGCCCAAGGGUUAUUCACAUCCCGGACACCCCAAUGUAACGCUAUGGGACCUGCCAGGGAUCAGGACAAUGAAUUGUCCCUCAGACACUUUCCUUGAGCAGCAUCACUUCAGACAGUGUGACUUGGUCAUCGUCAUCCCCUGUGGGCGCUUCACAAACACCAACGCCAGACUUGUGGAGGAGAUUCGAACGCUGGGGAAGACGUUUUACUUUGUCCGUUCCAAAGUGGACUUGGAUGAGGCGUCUGCAAGGAGAAAAAACGGCCGUGAGGAGAGCGCCCUGCAGACGAUCAGAGAGGAGUGUAUGUCACACCUUGGAGGAGAAACAGACGUUUUCCUUAUAUCCAGCUGGGACCCUGACAAGUUUCGUUUCCCCCGCCUGCAGCGAACGUUAGCCAAGGAAUUCCACCGUCACAGGGUGCGUGCUUUGCAGCCGGCUCUCUCAAAGAGAUCUUUGCCCAUUUUGCACAAGAUAAAAGUGUCAUUGUAGGAGGCAGAGCAGACAUGGGGCCAAACUCUCUACUCAUGUAACUCCAAUUUACCAGAGAAUUUGGCCCAUGUCCUAUUUUUGUGUCCCUCUGCCAGCGAAAUCAGGUGCCUACGAUUUACUAGGAGUCCCACUGGCCAGGGAGUCACAGUUCUUUCCCUGCUCCCCUGGUGUUCUGCGGGAGGGUUGGUGUGAUGGUUUGGGGAGCUGUCUCUGGACCUUCUGAAUUCUGGGUGAUGCAUGAAAUUGUAUCACCCUGUCGUAGAAAGCCGGAUCCACCUCUGCCGACAGUGCACACAGCAGACACACGCCGGGAAGGUACUCGACACUCAGCCAUGACACUUUGACCACAAUCGCUCUGCUAAAGAGCUGCAGCCUACCGGAGAAAGCAACAGUUUUAUCUUCCCUGCCCAGAGGGAAGGGAGAAAUUACACAGCAAAAAAAAAAAAAAAAAAAAGGCCCGAGGCACCAGGUCUUAGUGCCCGGAUCAAUUGACUUGGACGUGCUCUGCAAGGCUAAGAAUAGCCAUGUAGACAUGCCCUCUUGGCAGAGGCACUAUUUAUAGAGUGGGGGUGGACACCUGCCCCUCCCUCACCCCAGGUUCCUAUCGCAAUGGAGUGCAAACAGGAAGAGGAACUGCUGCUCCGUGCUCCCCUGAAGGCCUUGGGUGGGGUCUGAGAAGUUGCUGCUGGCACAGGGCUGUCCCUGCCCCCGCCUGUCCCGCCCCGGGCUGUGGGAAAUGUAAAUUCCCCAGCUUUGUCCUGUGUGGCUGAGAGCUGUCAGCAUGGCUCUGUCCGCCCCCA